AUGCAUUACGACCCGCCCUUUCCCGUCUCAGAUGCGAUCGACCAUAAUAUGUUGCAUACAAGUCUUUACACCACACCUUCGUCAGGUGCGGCCCUAGAAUACGUCCCCGACCAGCCGAAUAUCCCGUUGGCCCAGAAGGACGUCGCGAAAUUCCUCCAAGAUGAACUGGCUACGGAAAUCCUGGAUCGAAUGUAUCCAUGGCUGUGGCUCUGCACCGUCAUGGACAGCGCGCACAUUGAUCCACUGCACAAACACGUCGUCAAGCGCAGAAACAUCAUUGCCUCUGAAGAUCCUGCCUUGCACUUGGUGUGGUACAAAAGCGAUGUGUUUGUGAAACCGAUCCCACCGGCCUUGUUCAACCACGGGUUUUGGGCCCAGUUCCUGAACGGACAGCCUGAGCAGUUCGAUCGUCAGGUUGUGCUUGGAUUUCUGAGAUCGUACGGCUACAUGAUUCGACAUCGUUCAGAUCUCAAGCUUGCAACACAGAAAGGACUUGUCCCGGAGAGUGUCGACUGGUUACAAUGGGAGCGGUUCAUUGCCCAUUUUCGCCCGUUGGAAGACGACGAGGUUGGAUGUCGAUACCAUAUGGGCCAGUUGCGCUUGAGCAGGCUCAACUGCCUCAUUCUCAUACUACGACCUCGAAGGAAGGAAGAAGCGGGCAGCAAUCGACAUUAUCAUCCGACAGAAUGGGACACCGCUUCAUACAUGCGGCAAUUUGCAACGCCCCUACUGUUCAUCUUCGCUUCGGUGUCGUUACUGCUGUCGGCUAUGCAAGUCGUGCUGACCUUGCCCAGUGAGCCUGCGUGGCAUACAUGGGUUGUGAAUUCCGCCAGCAUUGCAGACGCUUUUUGGGGGUUCUGUGUAACCGUGCUUGGGGCCUGA